CCCGCAGCAGGACGCAGCCCCAGCCUAGCACAGCUCCACAGGGAGGAGACAGAGAGUCCCUGGUGUCCCCAAGACAUUGUUGUGGGUGUUCUUCGGAGGGACAUGGGACACAGGAUGAAGCCACCUCCCCCUGGUGCCUUGCCACUGCAUCCCUGGGGGCCAGGGGCUGGCUGGGCUGCUUGAGCCCCGCUCCCUGCGGCUCUGGGGGUCAACGGGCUGCUCCCCCCCAACGGGGACCAGCACAGGGGCUUCAGAGACCCUUGAGGGCUGGCAAAGCUGACGCAGCAGAGGGUGGAGGACAGCAGAGCUGUGGGUUCUCCAUCCUUGUCUGAAGCCCGGUGCUGCUGGCCAAGGUGAAGAGGGAGCUCAGCUCUGCCUCAGUUUCCCUGGCACGCAAGCGGUGUCACACAGAGGUGGGUGGCCCCAGGCACACCAGUUGGAGCUGAGCUGUGGCUGCUUGCGUGGAGCUGGUGGUGGCUGAGGAGGCUCCGGGGCUGGGCCAGCAGCAGGGAGUGGUGGCCCUGGGGCAAGGCUGGCACCACAGCGGGGCACCCUUAGGUGUUGGGGAGGAGCAGGAGGGCAGGGCGAGGAUACAGGGCGGGUGCUGGCUCUGCCGUUGCUCUGAGCCCCGCCAGGAAAGGGCCCUGCGCCCCGGGGGUCAAGUCUCCUGUGGUGGCCCAAGGCCACUGUUACCCCAGUUCUGUCCCCAAGCCAGCACGAAGCCCUCCGAGAGCAUCAGCUCUCCGAGACCUGGGAGACCUCCCAGCACUGGGAAUGUGCUGAGUGCUGGGGGCCUCUGCAUGGGACCCCCAUGUAGGUGAUUAAUGAAGGUACAAUCACAGCUCUGGGGACACUCAGCCUCUCACCAUGGAGUUGGGGCACAUCCAGCCCCAUGGUUUGGCCAAACCCUCCCACUGCUGUGCCCCCCAGCAGGUUGGUGGUACAGAGCUGCGGUGGCAAAACCGGGCACCGUGAUCCCCUCUGAGGCUACCAUCACCCUCCUCGAGAUGAGUGGCAGGGAGGGGACAGCGGGCUGGGAGUCCAGGGGGGUUCUGAGCCACCCAGGUCAUCCGGGCUCCCUCCCGGCGCUGCUGAGUCGGAGGAAUGGGAGAAGCUGGGUGCUGGGGAACCAGCCUGACCGGCUCCCCGGCUGUCAGCACCUGAGGAAUGCCAAACCUCCGCUGCGCCAGGGCUGGGUGCUCAGGGCUGGGUGCUCGGCGAGGGCUGGGUGCUCACCGGGUGACUCUGCCGGUCCGCCCAGCCGUGGCGUGCAGAGAGCAGCACUGCUCGGCACGGCACAGCACCUUGGUCGGCACGGCACAGCACCCCACUCGCCACAGCACAGCAUCCCGCUCGCCACCCAGCUGGCACAGUGGGACCCUCGGCUGGCAGGGCUGGUCUCUCUAGGGUGAUUCCUGCUGAGUUCUCCCAGGGUCUCCUUCUCCCCCUGCAGCUCUGCCAGCCCCAGCGCAGCAGCCGCAGGAGCUGAGCCCGGUGGUGUGGGGCAUUACGGGGUCGUGCAUUCCCUCCCUUCCCACUCCCCCAGCAUGGAUUCACCGUUCCGGCACGCCAAGGCCAGGGGCUUCAUCUCCAGCACAGAGUUGAGCAUGAAGCAAGCAGCGUCAAGUACGCCAGGCACGGAAGGCAAAUCCCGGUUCCAGAAGGUCUCCCUGGUGUCACGGCGGCUGGAGAGCUCAGGGAGCGCGCGGGGACGGGAUGGGAGUCCCUCUCGCGUCUCCCUCCUGCUGCAAGCCUGGGAGAAGGAGAUUGUGGAGAAGACAGCAUCCGGUCCUGCCACCCUGACACAGCGGGAACGCUCAUCCUCCAUCAACAUCCGCAAGGACUUCACGGCGCAUGGUCCCAUCUUCUCACAGGUCUAUUCCCCUGCACAGAAGCCCCGGCGGCAGGACGAGAGGGGGAAGACAGGGGCUGGUGGCGAUGCUAUCCCUCAGCCAGCGGGUGCCCAUGAUGAGAUGCCCAUACACAGGGAGAGCUACGUGCAUGGCACCCUCCUCCCCACCCAACCCACCGAGUGCCCCUCAGCUUCUGGUGCCCCGUGCGUGGCCAAGCCCAGCCGCGUCCCUGCCCUGCCCAGGGCCAGGCACGUCACGGUGCUGCGGACGGGCAAGGAUGCAGCCGGGCCUGAGCCAGGGCUGGCGGAGGGGAGGGAAGCCCAAAAUGGGGUGCACGACGCUGCCAGCACCACGAUGGCCCCAUUGCAGCAGGAGAGCCAUGAGCAAGACGGCAGUGGCUUCGCUGUGGCCACAGCGGGCAGCAAGAGCGCAUCAGGCACCACAGAGGCCACGGCACUCCCAGCUGAGGGAUCCCCCGGGGAGAAACACUUGCUGCAAGCUGAAGCCACGCCGGCAAAUGCAAUCCCAAGAGACAGCGACAGGCCCGGGGACCCGCAAACCAGUAUAACCAGCUGCUCACAGUGUCCCUUGGAGGACGCCGGUGGCCGGGCUGAGCCAACUGACGUGGGAGAGGGAAGCAUGGCAGAGAGUGACGGCACCAUUUCAGCCACACCACCAAGGACAGAGAGCCCCCCAGGAGCUGGCAGCACCCCUGAAAACCCCUUCUCUGAGGCAAGCAACAGUCCAGAGAUGAAUAAUGGUCCAAACAAUGGUCCAGAGACAAACAAUGGUCCAGAGACAGACAAUGGUCCAGUGACAAACAACGGUCCAGAGACAAACAAUGGUCCAGAGACAAACAAUGGUCCAGAGACAGACAAUGAUCCAGAGACAGACAACGGUCCAGAGAUAGACAAUGGUCCAGAGGCUUCACAUGAAGUACCAGCAUCUCCAAAGGCUGAGGUUGAGCUGAAGGGGGGUGAGAUGACAGGGGACCCCCAGAGCACAACCCAAGAGCCUGAGAGCAGCCCGGAGCUCCCCGCUGAGCCCCCAGCCCCUGACCCACUGGUCGAGAGCCCUCCAGAUGCAGCUGAGGAGGACCCUGAGCUGCUGGUGGACAUGGAGGUCUUUGUGGACACACUACGCAACAUGGAGCCCUCAGAGAUGCGGAAGGCACCCAAGGCCCCACGCCAGCCCCGGCCAUCAUCGCUGGGUCGCUAUGCUGCUCUGCCCCCCAUCCACGAGGACCGCGUGGCCCCUCGAGCCUCCGUCUCCCUGCCUGAUGCCCUGCGCGACCUGCUGGCACGGGGUCCAGUGGGGCGGCAGGAGGAGAGCCCUGAGGAGGAGGUGGAGAUUGAGAACCCUUACCUGACCCCCAGUGAGCGCGCGUUGAUGGGGUCCCACCACAAGGUGCCCAGGGAGAGUGUGGCUGGCAAUGGUCGGGGCGAGGAGGGCUCACUCCUGGCAACACUGAGGCAGGCAGGAGCAGAGGAAAAGGUCAGACCGGAGGCUGGUGUCUUGGCUGAGCGGAGCAUGCUCUUCCGAGGGAAUGUCCUCAAGGGCAUGGCACUGCUCUCCCACUUCUUGGAGCAUCGGACGGCUGCGGCUGACGAAGUCAAACCCUACUCACGCCUGGACAACAGCGUGCUCUACAGCCGCCUCAUCUCCCCCAGCACCGCCCCGCUCGAGCUGCUUGGCAGGGACAGUGGGAGCGUGGCCUUGUCCACCCCUGGGGACCACAACGAGCUGGGCCCUGGUGACCACCCUGGCCCUGAGAUGGCCAUGCUGGAAGCCCUCUGUCCCAUCCGCAUCGCUCCUGCCACCGAAGAGACAGAGAGUGCCAUGGCCCUGUGUUCCACUGAUAUCCCGGAAGACAAGGAGGGCUUCAAGAAGAUAAACGUGAGACCUGGCAAGAUCAUCCUCUUCUCCGAGGCCGGCUUCGCGGGCCAGAAACGGGAGAUCUGGGGUGACAUCCCAGAUGCCACAUCCUGGGAGCUCUCGCACACCAUCUCCAUCCAAGUCAUCCGAGGCGGGUGGGUGAUGUACGAGAAGCCACGGUUUCACGGGCGCAAGUGCGUGCUGGCUGAGGGGGACGUGGAGAUCAACAACCCCUGGACGGCGUACGGGCAGAGCGGGCAGCCCCGUGGCAGCCAGCCCUUCCGCAUCGGCUCCUUCAAGAGGGUGGUGCAGGAUUACCGCACCCCUGAGAUCAGCCUGUUUGCGGAGGAGAAUGGUGAAGGUGCCCGACUAAAGUUCACCGACUCGGCUGAGGACACUCGCGUGCAGGGACAGCCGCUUGCUGCUGCCUCCAUCAUCGUCCACUCAGGCCUGUGGCUGGUUUACUCCAAGCCCUUCUUUGAUGAUGACCCUUAUGUUUUGGAGCCAGGCGGGUACCCCAGUUUAAAGGCUUGGGGAGCAAAGGAUCCAUCCAUCUGCUCCAUGCAUCCCAUCAGGCUGGGCUGCCCUGUCGUGGAGAGACCUGGCGAGCCUCAGGUGUUGAUCUACGAGGCUGCAGGUUUCCAGGGUCGCAGCUUCACCAUCAGCCGAGACAUCUAUGACCUGAAGCGCUUGCCAGGGCCGGCACUGCCCACCGUGGGCUCCUUGCAUGUCCUUGGUGGCUGCUGGGUCGGCUACGAGAAGGAGGGCUUCCGUGGCCACCAGUACCUGCUGGAGGAAGGGCAGUACCAGGACUGGAGGCAGUGGGGCGGCUACAGCAAGGAGCUGGUGUCCCUACGACUGAUACGGACGGACUUUUCCAGCCCGGCGCUGGUCCUCUUUGAGGCCAUGGACUUUGAGGAGGGCUCGAGUGUGGAGCUGAGCGAGGCGCUCCCCGAUACCCAACUGGCCGGUUAUGGCACUGUCACCCAGUCCAUCCAUGUGCUGAGCGGCGUGUGGGUGGCCUACGAGGGCACCAACUUCUCAGGCGAGCAGUACAUCCUGGAGAAGGGGGUGUACCGCAGCUGCGAGGACUGGGGCGCCAUGGAUUGCCACAUCGCCUCGGUGCAGCCCAUCCUGCAGGUCGGGGAACACAACCUCUGCUACGUCUCCAAGAUCCUGCUCUUCUCAGAGCCUGACUUCUUGGGGGAUCACAUCGCCUUUGAGGAGGACCAGGAGGUCCUGCCCACCACCUUCGUCCCACACUCCUGCAGAGUCCGUGGGGGCAGCUGGAUCCUGUUUGAUGGGCAAGCCUUCGCUGGAGAGCAGCACGUGCUGUCCGAGGGUGAGUACCCCACGCUCAGCGCCAUGGGCUGCCUCUCCUCUACUGCCAUCUGCUCCUUGAAGAAGGUCCCAGUGUUUUUCUCGGAGCCUUCCAUCUUCCUGCACGGGCUGGAGUGUUUUGAAGGAAAGGAGAUUGAGCUGAACAAUGAAGUGCGGAGUCUCCAGGCAGAGGGUUUCAACAACCACGUGCUGUCAGUGCGGGUCAAAGGCGGGAUCUGGGUGCUGUGUGAACACGGUGACUUCCGAGGGCGCCAGUGGCUGCUGGAAUGCACAGAAAUCACCAACUGGCUGACAUACAGUGGGCUCCAGCAUGUGGGAUCCCUCUAUCCCAUCCGCCAGAGACGGAUCUAUUUCCGCAUCAGGAGCAGGGAGCUGGAGCUCUACCUUUCCGUUCCCGACGAUGUGGAGGACAUGAAAGCAGGGCGGGUGGUGGUCUCCAGCUUGAGCGAGCAGAGCAGCUCCAUCUGGUACUAUGAGGAUGGGCUGAUCAAAAACCAGGUGGCUCCCAACAUGAGCCUGCAGGUCAUCGGGCCAGCCGGGAAGGGUGCAAAAGCUGUGCUAUGGUCUGAGACCCGGGUGCCACGUCAGACCUGGAGCAUCGAUUCUCAGGGACGGAUCCACAGCCAGAUGUUUGAGGAUAUGAUCCUCGAUAUAAAGGGUGGACGAUCCUAUGACCAUGACCACGCCAUCAUUUGGGACACGGCCGAGGAAAGACCCACGCAGAUCUGGGACAUACAGGUGCUAUGAGAGGGCAGUGUGUGGACCUCACACCCAGAAGUGCCACAGAGCAGGAUGGGGGCGGGACACCUCCUACCCCACACAAGCUGCACCCAAAACAUCCCUCAGCCUCAGCUGCUGGUGUGAAGGAUGCCCACCAUCCUCUCCAUCGACAUGGGGAAUGCCCUCAACCUCCCUCCUGGGGAGCCCCAUACCUGGCCUGCAGAAGACCCUGUGGACACGACCAGCAUGGGACCCUUCAGAGCAUGUCAAAGCCCCUUCCCCACCAGCUUCCUACUCUGAACUGUAUUUAUGUACGUGUGUAAGAUACGGUCCCCUCGCCUGGGCCAGCUCUGCCAGGGUGUUUGGUGUCCUUGUCCCUGCACUGGCCACAGCCUGGCAGCCCCUAUGCCCCCCUACCCCAGCACCUUGUCCCCACCAGCGCCACAGCACUGGGCCCAAUCCUGCUCCCAGGAUGGGCUCCUGAUGCCCUCUAGUGUCCACAGGCUACGAGCAGCACCGGAGCCCCGAGUUUUGAGAAGGCAGACACAAGCCAAGCUAUGCCCCAAGAGCACUGGGGGCUGCUGGACCCCACCAGCUCUGGUGGGAGCUCAUCCUGCUCAUGCUGCAGGCUCGGCGGCUGCUCCAGUCACAUCACCCCAGGGUGAGCUCUGCGUUUAGCAUCCACGCUGCAAAGCUGCGUCACGGCUCAGGUCACUCAUCUUCAAGGCCCCCAGGACAGAGGUCUCCUCCAUCUGGGUGAGGGCAGGAGCUCCUCAGGGCCAUGACUCAGAGCCAGAAGGGAUGUGGGGUGGGAAAUCCAUACACAGAGACAUCAGGCACUCACGUCCUUACUGCUGGGGAGAGGAGACGGCUGCCAGCAAGGGCCUGGUUUGCUGAGCAGGUUGAGCCCAGUUUGGGGACAGUCACCACAUCGAGACAGUGAUUGCUGAUCAACCCUGCAGCAAAUGGGGUCUGUUCUGGCAAGAAGAGACAGCACAGUGCUUUCCUGGGAAGCUUCCUUGGCAGAUUCCGGAGCACCAAGAUCCUUCCAUCAGGCAUCUCCAGCUGGCUGGGCGGCUGCCCUGGCUGUUGGCAAGAGCCAUCAUCAGAUCAUAGAAUCAUUCAAUAGUUUGGGUUGGGAAAGACCCUUAAAGGUCACCUAAUCUGCCCCUUCUCGCAAUGAGCAGGGACUUCAACUCGAUCAGGUUGCUCAGACUCCAUCCCCCUUGGCCUUGAAUGCUUCCAGGGCGUC